GUAGAGAACAACUCUGAGUGUGACGAGAGUACCAGAGGAUCACACGCCCUCUCAUCCAAAACUCUUGUGUCUUGGAUCAUUGUACACCGCACACUCACAUCAGGGCCGGAAAAUAAUUUUCACGCGUUUUUAUUUUUUGAAUUUUGACUUUUCAUAAAACAACAAAUAAAGAGAGGGCUGGUGAUUAAAUGAGAUCUUGAUAAAAAUUACGAGAAAAAAGUGAAUUUUGUUAUUGAUUUACGAGAGAUAGAUAUUAUCGAAAAGUUUGGUUAUUUUAUUGGAGAGUAAAACCCGUGGUACGAGCGCCGAGAGAAGAGAACAGCUGAAUAGUACGACUGGUGCUCUGAGUUAUCGACCACGUUUGGCAGCUUCGAUGGAAGCUGCGUCGAGGCCGCGAUUCGCUCGGUGAGGACCCGGGGGUUGCAACGACUUAAGAGCACCCUCUCUGGAGAGGGUGAACAGUCUUUCGCUGCCUCCCGAUUCUCACUCUGUGUGCAGUUACACUCACUCAUUAUUAUCAACGAGUCCUCGUGCUCAGUCUCUCGUCCAGUGGUGUUUGAUUCGCUGUUUCACGGCGGAAUCUACUCCUCAGUUUCUGUACAGUUUAUUUACUUUUUUUUUAAAACGUUAUCUAGAUCAAAAAUAUAUAUCAAUUUUUGAAUAUUUGGCGGGAAAUUAUAGUGACGUGUUAAAUAAUAAAUACUUUAAUUUAAUUGUUAAAAAAGUAUAUUUAUUUAUAAAAUAAAAUAUAUUUUAAAUAUCAAGUCAAGGUGCUCGAAAAUAGACAGUUGUUUAAAAUAAAUAUUAAAAGUGAUAUUGUCAAAAAUUAUAGUUAUGGAGAAAAUUAGAUUCAAGUGUUGAAAAUAUUUAUUGGGGAGACGACUCCCCGUUUUUUUGAUUUUAUAAAAAUAUAAUAAAAAGAUUUAAGUAUAAUCAAAAGACAGGUCAAAAAUAUAUAACUCAAGAUCAAAAUAAUAUAAUAAUAUAUAAAAUAAAUAAGUUAUUUAUUUUAUAAGUUAAAAUUUUAAAUUUUAUUCGAGUUACUAAAAAAAGAGACUAAACCAUGAGUGGGGGAUCUCCAAAAACUUCGCCGGCUAAUCUGGAGUCCGGCGAUGGCGGUACCGCUGGGGAUGGCGAGCCCAUUGUCGGGGGUGGCAAUUCCGAGAAAAAGCCUGGAUAUGAGACUAACCUUUACUUGUACAGCGAAGACCUGGACAAUCGACCCCGUAUUACCACUUUACUCAAUAAUUUGGCGAGCUACAGCAACACGAUCCCCGUUGCCACUGACCCUGAUGCUAAAUCACCGCCACCUGCUGGUGCUCCUGGUGGUGCACGUAUGGGUACACUUGUCGGUGUAUUCUUACCUUGUAUCCAGAAUAUCUUCGGUGUCAUUCUCUUUAUCCGUCUCACGUGGGUCGUUGGUACUGCUGGAGCUAUUCAGGGAUUUCUUAUCGUCCUUUGCUGUUGCUCUGUCACCAUGUUGACAGCAAUAAGUAUGAGUGCCAUAGCAACAAAUGGUGUUGUACCAGCUGGUGGUUCAUAUUUCAUGAUAUCAAGAAGUCUCGGUCCAGAAUUUGGUGGUGCCGUUGGAAUGUUAUUUUAUACGGGCACGACUUUAGCUGCCGCUAUGUACAUUAUUGGAGCUGUUGAAAUUGUUUUAACAUACAUGGCACCCUCGAUGAGUAUCUUCGGAGACUUUACCAAGGACCCGAAUAUAAUGUAUAACAAUUUCCGUGUUUACGGUACUGGGUUAUUACUGGUGAUGGGUACUAUCGUAUUUAUCGGUGUUAAAUUUGUCAACAAGUUUGCUGGAGUCGCACUUGCCUGUGUCAUCUUUUCUAUCAUCGCAGUAUACGUUGGACUCUUUACUAAUAUCAACGGCAGUGAAGCUCUCAAGAUCUGCGUGCUGGGUAAACGAUUGCUCAAAGAUAUUCCCAUAACAGCGUGUUAUAAAAAUGAAUCUGGGGAGCUUCACGAUAUCUUCUGUAAUAAAACGACCCAAGUGUGUGAUGACUAUUAUAACAGCCAUAAUGUAUCUAUUAUAAAUGGUAUCAAAGGACUUGCUAGUGGUGUUUUUCUAGAAAACUUAUGGGGUAGUUUUCAAGAAGAAGGUCAGUACGUCGCCUAUGGAGCCGACCCAGUAGAUACUGACAGAAUGACACCAACGACAUUCAAUUUCGUACCAACAGAUUUAACAACUGCAUUUACUAUUCUCAUUGGUAUCUUCUUUCCUUCUGUAACAGGUAUAAUGGCUGGUUCAAACCGUUCUGGAGAUUUAGCCGACGCCCAAAAAUCAAUUCCCAUUGGUACAAUUUGCGCGAUAUUAACAACCUCAACAGUGUAUCUAUCAACCGUAUUGCUAUUCGCGGGUACAGUUGACAAUUUACUGCUACGUGAUAAGUUCGGACAGAGUAUCGGUGGUAAAUUAGUUGUAGCAAAUAUAGCCUGGCCAAAUCAAUGGGUGAUCCUUAUUGGUUCAUUUUUAUCGACCCUCGGCGCUGGAUUGCAAUCAUUAACUGGAGCACCCCGUUUGCUUCAAGCCAUCGCGAAAGACGAAAUAAUACCAUUUUUGACACCAUUUGCCGUAUCAUCGAGCCGCGGUGAACCAACUCGUGCACUUUUGCUGACAAUUGUUAUUUGCCAAUGUGGAAUACUUUUGGGUAACGUUGAUUACCUGGCUCCAUUGUUGUCAAUGUUCUUCCUGAUGUGUUACGGGUUUGUUAACUUGGCAUGUGCACUCCAAACACUAUUGAAAACACCAAACUGGCGACCACGUUUCAAAUAUUACCACUGGAGUCUGUCGUUCAUUGGCCUGUCACUUUGCAUCGCUAUUAUGUUUAUGACCAGCUGGUACUACGCACUCUUGGCAAUGGGAAUGGCAGGUCUUAUCUACAAAUAUAUUGAGUACCGUGGCGCUGAAAAGGAAUGGGGUGACGGAAUACGUGGUCUCGCAUUAUCAGCAGCAAGAUAUUCGCUCCUUAAAUUAGAGGAAGGUCCACCUCACACCAAAAACUGGCGCCCGCAAAUUCUCAUUCUCGUAAAACUGACAGACUCACUGGUACCGAAAUAUCGUAAAUUAUUUGCAUUUGCAAGUCAAUUGAAGGCCGGACGUGGACUAACCAUUUGCGUCAGCUGUAUACCAGGGGACUAUACUAAAAAUUCGGGUGAAGCAUUGGCGGCUAAACAGAAUUUACGUAGAAUUGCUGAUGAAGAAAAAGUAAAGGGUUUUGUCGAAGCAUUGGUUGCUAGAAAUACAAUCGACGGUAUUAGUGCGCUGAUACAGACAACUGGUUUGGGUGGAAUGAAACCCAAUACUGUGAUACUUGGUUGGCCAUACGGGUGGCGUCAGUCCGAGGACGAAAAUACUUGGCGUGUAUUUAUACAAUCUGUGCGCAAUGUAACCACGUCACGCAUGGCUUUACUGGUACCCAAGGGUAUUAACUUUUUCCCGGAUUCGACGGAAAAAGUUGUCGGUUAUAUUGAUGUCUGGUGGGUUGUACACGACGGUGGAUUGCUUAUGCUGUUGCCUUUCUUACUUAAACAACACCGCACAUGGAAGAACUGCAAAAUGCGUAUUUUCACGGUUGCACAGAUGGAGGAUAAUUCUAUACAAAUGAAAAAAGAUCUCAAAAAGUUAUUGUACAAUCUUCGUAUCGAUGGUGAAAUUGAAAUUGUGGAAAUGAUGGACUCAGAUAUUUCAGCGUACACAGUUGAGCGGACACUAGUGAUGGAGCAGAGAAAUCAAAUGCUACGCGAGUUGCAGUUAAACAAAAAAGAGUCACAAGGAUUGGUGCCGACAUUGGUGGAAUUCAACGAGGUACACACCGAAGAAAAGUUACCUCUGGUGCAAGCUGUUGUCGACCAUCACCAUAUUGAUGUUAAGACCGCGACUAAGGUGAGAUUCCAGGAGCCAAACUCACAGCAGCCUAAUGGAAUUGAUGAGGCGCAGGAAAAAUCAGCGACACAGGACUCUGCUGAUGCUGUUGAGAGCAACGAAAAAGUUGAAGAUGCUGCAGACAAUAAAUCAGCGAGUGCUGGAUCACCUAAACCGGACGCUAAAGAAAAAAGUGAUAAAGAAACUAAGGAAAAUGAUACAUCUGGAUCGGCAACUAAAAAACCCAACACUCCAGACCAAGAUGACGUGAGACGCAUGCACACUGCUGUUAAAUUGAAUGAAAUAAUAGUUAACAAGAGUCAUGACGCUCAAUUGGUUAUUCUGAAUUUACCUGGUCCACCAAAAGACACGAGAAUUGAACGAGAAGCCAAUUACAUGGAGUUCCUUGAAGUAUUGACUGAGAGCCUGGAAAAAGUAUUAAUGGUGCACGGUGCAGGCCGUGAAGUAAUCACAAUGUACUCGUGAAGUGAACUGGCAGUAAUAAAUAAUAAUACCAAGCAUCAACACCACUUCUGCGACAAUUACCACCACCACGACGUCAUUCACACUCUUAUUUAUUUCAGAUCUAUCAAUAAGAACUGGAUGUCGCAUAUUAAUAAUAUCGUGCCAUCGUGCGCGGCAUAACUCGCGUUUUUGCUGCGUCUCUAUCAUAUAAAAAUUUAAUUAACUAACUAAUAAUCUACGGAUUGCGUUUGUUUCUUACUUUGAAUAGACUCUUACUACAUAGCUCGAGGUAUACAUUAAGUAAAUAAAUAAAUAAAAUAACAAUGAUCGCACGAGGACGAGUUGGAGAUUCCAUUGAAGCGGACUUACCUUCUGGUCUCGUGACGUCCGGGUUUUUGACAACUUAUCGAUGCCAAAGUUACGUGCCAAUAGAUAAGUUUACUUUCGCUGGAUUCUAAGGGACGUUAAUAAAAUUAAUUAUAAAUUUAACAAUCUACAUAAAUAUAUUAAGUAUUAAAAAAAUAUUCAUAAAUUUAAAUUCAAAUGGUAGGUACGCACUCUUUGUUAGACGUCACGAGUAACUUGCUCCUUUAAUCGAGUAUAAAUUUCGCUAAUAGAUAUACCGUCGCUGGUUUUCAUUAUCAACUUAAAAAUUCAAAUUUAAAUUCAAAAAAAAAAAUUGAAUCCGAGUUCCGCAAACUAGUCCUUCGUAAAAAAAAAAAAUAAGACACUAUUUAAAAACGUAAUUCUUAAUAUAUCUCAUUGAAACGUAAAUCAAAAUUUCAAAAUAUAUAAAAAUUUUAAUUGCGGUUAAAGUCGAAGUAUUUAUGAAAAAUCACUGCCAGUAAUAAUUUCUAAAUACUUCGGCAUUUUAUUGACGAUUAAAAUUUUUUUAAAAAAUGUUAUAGGCUCAUUUUUCUACAUGCAUUGUCGUUAGACAGUUAGAUGUGUAAUGUCACUGCUUGUUAGAUAAUUAAAAAAAAAAUAAUAAUAAUAAUUAAUUGAUUAAUGUAAAUUUAGGAAGCUAGACUUAAAUAAUAGCAACUUUAUUUUAUUUAAAUGUCAAAAUUAAAUAUUUAAAAAAAAAAAGAUAAAAAAACAUUAAUUUUAAUUAAAUUCGUGACUGAUUAAUAACUUUUAUUUGGACUUUGUACUUUUAAAUCUCAGAUCUCGCGUUUAUAUUUAUAUUAUAAAUAUAUAAAUAUAUGAUACUUAACAAUACUGUCCAAGGCCUAUCGGUCAAAACGAGACGAAGUAUCGUUAGCACCAAAAAAAUAAA